GACAUCUUUUUAUUUAUUACAGAAAGAUGAUGAAAUUGAGGAGGGCGACUUACCUGAGCACAAACGGUCUCCUCCACCCAUCGACUUCUCUAAAAUAGAUGCGUCUAAACCAGAGGAGCUCCUGAAGAUGUCCAAGAAGGGAAGGACCCUGAUGGUGUUUGCCACCGUGUCAGGAAACCCCACAGAGAAGGAGACGGAAGAGAUCACCAGCCUGUGGCAGGGAAGCCUCUUCAAUGCCAACUUUGAUGUUCAGAGGUAACAACCAUAUUCCUGUGCUGAUGAGUCCGAUAAGGAUAUUGAUCGACUGUCAAAGCAGUUAUAUUAUAGGUUCAUUUCUGGGUGACAUCAGGUGUAGAUAUUUCAUAACAAGAAAAAUGAAAUGUAAA